ACUGAGCCGGAUGAAAUGAAACACACUUCUUCCUGCGAUCAAAAUUAACCGUGUCUGCUCAUGUUUAAUUGAGGAUCUUCCCGUCAGCCCGCCUUGUGCCUUUUUAUUUGCCGGUGAGUGUGACUGCACACGGAGAGUGUGCGCCCGCGAACAGCCGCCCAUAUGUGUCUGUGUCUGUGUACGUGCACACAUGACUUGAAAGCGUGCGUCUGUGUGAGCGCGUGAGUAUCUGGCAUUCCUGUGGGGGUCUGAGCCAAGCCAAGCAAGGGAGCGUGGCUCUCCCGCUCCCCUGACCCGACUCGACCAUGCUGAGGAAGAGGGGAUCGCAGGAGCAGCUGAUGGACCGGGAGGUUCUGCUGGACCUGGACUACCAGCACCGUGGAGGAGAACCUCAGGGUACCACAGACAGCUACGGCAGCCUACAGAAUGGGGGCUUCAUCCCACCAAGAUUUCUGACGGCUGCAAAUGGGGAGGAUGAUGACGACCCUAUCUACACACACACCUAUAACCCUCAGACUGAGCCCAUUAGCCCGCCCAAAGGCAAUUACUUCAAAGACGGGAAGACCAAGAUAGACUUUGUCCUGGUGUGGGAGGUGAAGUCCAGGCGAAAGCGGCGCUCGCGGACCAAGUCCCAUGGUGCAUUAGGAGGGGAGGACGGGGCCGGCGAGGAGGCCGCCCACGAGGAGAGCCGCUCGGAGAAGAAGAGGGCCUUGCAGGCGCGUCUCAGGGAGAGGUUCAUCCACCACCUCCAGAGCGCUGGCCUCCGCUUGGAGAAGGAGGAGUCGACGAGUGCGAAGAAGACCGUCCACUACCUGAAGCUGAGUGCGCCCUGGGACGUGCUGGUGUACUAUGCGGAGGAGCUGUGUCUCAGAGCCCCACUACAGGCACAACCAAAUCCAGAGUUUAAUAAAUCGGCGCGUGUGCUGCAGAAGCUGUUUGUGCCCAACAUCAUGGCUGACGUUGUGCCCAACAGGCCUGUGGACUACUACACCUGUGCCUUCCGCAAAUCCAAAAUGGACAAGUUUCUUGGCUCUGAGAACCAGGACACCUAUUUCACCAACACCCAGAGACAUCGUAUAGUGUAUGAGAUCCUGGCGCGGACCCCGUAUGGCAAGCGGAAGCGAGCGGAGGUGGGGGUGGCCCGGCUGCUGAACGAAGGGGCCUUCACUGCGGCGUUCCCCCUGCAUGAGGGCCCGUUCGAGCUGCCUGACUACGAGAUCCAGCCUGAACAGCUGAACCAGAGGCAGGUGCUCUACCACUACUGGGCCCGCUGGUCCAAGUGGUACAAGUACCAGCCGCUUGACCACAUCCGGGAGUACUUUGGGGAGAAGAUCGCACUUUAUUUUGCCUGGCUCGGUUUCUACACCGCAUGGCUGCUCCCGGCUGCCCUGGUCGGGACGUUUGUCUUCGUCUCGGGGAUCAUGACCAUGAGCUCAAACACACCGGCUAAAGAGAUUUGUGAUAGUGGAGGCCGUUACCUGAUGUGCCCCCUGUGUGAAAUGUGCAAGCCCUGGAAUAUAUCAGACAUCUGUCCCAUGGCAAAGGUGGGCUACCUCUUUGACCACCCAGGCACGGUGUUCUUCAGCGUCUUCAUGUCGCUGUGGUCCGUCACCUUCCUGGAGUACUGGAAGAGGAAGAACGCCACGUUGGCCCACCAUUGGGACUGCAUGGACUUCCAGGAGGAGGAGGAGCGACCGAGGCCAGAGUUUGCAGCCAUGGCUCCAAGCAUGGAGCACAACCCGGUGACGGGGGUCAAGGAGCCCUACUUCCCCGCGAAGGCCCGCAUCUCACGCAUGCUCACCGGCUCCAUGGUCAUCGUCAUCAUGCUGUGCGUGGUGAUGAUUUUCCUGGUGACGGUGAUCAUCUAUCGGAGUAUCGUGAGUGUGAUGAUGUAUGAGACGGGAAGCUCUGUGUUGCGGACUCAGGCUGGGAACAUUGCCAACAUCUCCAGCAGCAUGGUGAACUUGGCUCUGAUUCUGCUAAUGGGGCAGGUGUACACUGCAUUAGCUGAGCAGCUCACUAAAUGGGAAAUGCACCGCACACAGACCCAGUAUGAGGACGCCUUCACCUUCAAAGUGUUCAUCUUCCAAUUUGUCAACUUCUACUCUUCUCCUUUCUACGUGGCAUUCUUCAAGGGCAGAUUUGUGGGGUACCCCGGCCACUACGGCACCCUGUUUGGCAUGCGGAAUGAAGAUUGUGGCAUGGGGGGCUGCCUUAUCGAGCUGGCUGAGCAGCUGUUCAUCAUCAUGGUGGGAAAACAGCUCAUCAACAACAUGCAGGAGUUUGUCAUCCCCAAAGUGAAAGCCUGGCGACAGAAGAGGUCCCUGGCGUCGGUGAGGAAAGCACAAGUGUCCCAUGAACCUCAGCGGUGGGAGCAGGAUUACGAGCUGAUCGAGUGCGAGGGCUUGUUUGAGGAGUACCUGGAGAUCGUCUUGCAGUUUGGCUUCAUCACCAUCUUUGUGGCGGCCUUCCCCCUGGCUCCUCUCUUCGCGCUCCUCAA